AUGUCAGAUGAGCAUGGUUGUGCAGACACUGACGAAUGUGCAACAGACAACGGUGGAUGUGACCAAACCUGCACCAACGUCCCAGGAAGUUACACCUGUUCCUGUCGUCAGGGCUUCGUGUUGAAGACAGACGGACGUGACUAUGUAAACGAGUGCGAAGAGACCCCAGGAAUCUGUGCUGGACGUCAUGUUGAAUGCGUCAACUUGAACGGAACCUAUGACUGCAAAUGUUUCCAAGGCUUCAAGAUGGGAUCAGGAUGUGAAGAUGUGGAUGAAUGCUCCGGUGAGCACAGCUGUGAUGAGAACGCCUUCUGCGUGAACCAGCCAGGGUCGUACUACUGUGUCUGCCUGGACGGGUUUACAGGGAACGGUACAACAUGCACAGGUAACGCCGCUUUACACCUCAAUAUUAUACAUGAUAACACACAUCACAUGCACAGAGGUAGUGCCAACCACUACACCUACAAGCCCUACUACAACGGUGCAGAGCACGGCGGCUACAACCGCGGCAGAGUACACCACCCCGGCGGCUACUUCUACUGUCAGCACUAA